CGUACGUGCCCCGGAAGUUCUUGGGAGUCGGGUUAUCCGGGUCACCUUUGUUACAUCACGCCGGGAAGUUGAGCAGUCGAGUCUAGAGAUCGGUGAUCCGGGCGGAAUCUUUCCCCGGUGUGCGGACGCCAUGUUUUCGCUCAGCAGCACGGUGCAGCCGCAGGUUACAGUACCGCUGAGUUAUCUGAUCACAGCAUUUCACUCUCCCAAAACCGCAGCGUACCUCCCAAGCUCCUCCUCCCUGAAGGUCGUCCAGCGCGAAGUGACCGCUGACAGCGAGACAUACACCUCAGAGCCUGUUGUCAACCUCCGAGACCUGGGUUUAUCUGAACUGCGACCCGCACAGCUUGAUGAGAUCUUCACAAAGCUUCUUCCUGGCUUCUUUGUCAAUAAAGAGAAACCCUCAUCCCACUGGCACACAUCCCAUGUAUCUGCUCAGUCUUUCUUUGAAAAUAAAAAUGGCUAUUCCAGCACUUUAAGUCCUUUGCGUCCGCACCACCAGCAGCAGCGGAGACCACUGAAGCAAGUUUGUGCCGAGCUGCAGCACUGGCCAGUUUAUAUCCAGUCUCGGGGAUUCAGGACUGUCCAAGCCAAAGAUAGACGGCUUCAGUCAACCUCUGAACGUAUUGCAGCCACUGAAAGUUCUGCACCCUCCUUUAUGAAGGGUUUUUUGAUGAGAGAUAGGGUUCCAGAUGUGGAAAAUUUGGAAAAGAUUGUAAAAAGUAAGAAUGUCCCCGAAGGACAGCAGGAAGCAUUUAAGAAUGGCUUUGCAGAAGGUUUCCUGAAAGCACAAGCACUUACUCAGAGGACCACAGAGUCACUGAAGAGAACGCGGUACAUACUACUGGCUGUAUUACUACUUGGAAUCUAUGGCUUGUCCAAAACACCAUUUUUGUCAGUCCGGUUCCGGGCAACGUCUGGCCUUGAUGCAGCUGUAGAUCCAAUUCAAAUGAAAAAUGUAACUUUUGACCAUGUAAAAGGGGUUGAAGAAGCAAAGAAUGAGCUACAGGAAGUGGUCGAGUUCCUGAAAAAUCCACAGAAGUUCACUGUUUUGGGAGGAAAGCUUCCAAAAGGCAUUCUGUUGAUUGGACCACCUGGCACAGGGAAAACCCUCCUGGCUCGAGCUGUCGCCGGCGAAGCUGAUGUUCCUUUCUAUUAUGCAUCAGGCUCUGAGUUUGAUGAGAUGUUCGUUGGAGUUGGAGCCAGUCGCAUUAGGAAUUUAUUCAGAGAAGCUAAGAGCAAUGCACCCUGUGUUAUAUUUAUUGAUGAGUUGGAUUCAGUUGGAGGUAAAAGGAUUGAGUCUCCCAUGCACCCAUACUCCAGACAAACUAUAAACCAACUCCUGGCAGAAAUGGACGGCUUUAAACCGAAUGAAGGUGUUAUAAUCAUUGGCGCAACAAACUUCCCUGAAGCCUUGGAUAAUGCAUUGGUGAGACCUGGGCGCUUUGAUAUGCAGGUCACCGUGCCCAGGCCCGACGUGAAGGGUCGCACGGAAAUUAUCAAAUGGUACCUCAACAAAAUCAAAUAUGAUGAGUCGAUUGAAGCUGAAAUAAUAGCCCGUGGCACUGUGGGAUUCUCUGGAGCUGAGCUGGAGAAUUUGGUUAACCAGGCUGCCUUGAAAGCUGCUGUGGAUGGGAAGGACAUGGUUACCAUGUGGGAACUGGAGUUCGCCAAGGACAAGAUUCUUAUGGGACCAGAGAGAAGAAGUGUGGAAAUAGACGACAAGAAUAAGACUAUCACUGCUUACCAUGAAUCCGGCCAUGCCAUCAUUGCCUAUUUUACCAAAGAUUCAAUGCCCAUCAACAAAGCGACAAUCAUGCCUCGGGGGCCAACUCUUGGUCAUGUGUCUCUCCUGCCGGAGAACGAUCGGUGGAGUGAGACAAAGUCUCAGCUCUUGGCUCAGAUGGAUGUGAGCAUGGGAGGAAGAGUGGCAGAGGAAAUCAUUUUUGGGCCAGAGAAUAUCACUACAGGGGCUUCAAGUGACUUUGACAGUGCUACAAAAAUUGCAAAGCUCAUGGUGACCAAAUUUGGGAUGAGUGAAAAGCUUGGAGUCAUGACUUAUUCUGAUAUGGGAAAACUGAGCCCAGAAACACAAGCUGCUAUUGAACAAGAAGUUAGAACUCUGCUCAAGGAUUCCUAUGAACGGGCAAAGCUUAUCCUAAAAACUCAUGCCAAGGAGCACAAGAGCCUGGCAGAAGCUUUAUUAUCGCAUGAGACCUUGGAUGCCAAAGAGAUUCAGAUGGUAGUAGAAGGAAAGAAGCUAGAACCAAGAUGAUACAGCCAGGACAGUGUAAUGAACUGUGGACUUCUGGUUUUAUUGUCACUGCAGCAUAACCCAUUCUUUAUUUUCACUUAUUUUUACUUAAGGUAUGCUUUCCGAUUCCUCCAUCUAAAUAUUCAGAUGUCAUCUAUUGCAAUAUGUGGCUGCUCCGAUGUUCCAUUAGGCAGUAUGUUGACAUUAGAGGUCUGUGUAGAGCAGGCGAUGCAGAUAAGCGAGGGAUCUCAG